AUGGCACGUCCUACGAUGAUGCUAGAACUGUUUCCGGUGGAAGUUAGGUAUUUGACAGAGGUAGCUGCAUUGGCCAUUUGGACAUCCUCUACCGUCCUCAUCACGCCUGUAGUUUACUUACUCCAGGACAUCUCGUGGCGAUAUCUCUACCUCAUUUUCACGCUCACAUCUGCAUAUAGUGUCUUUGGUUAUUGGAUAUGUGAUGAAUCAGUUCGAUGGCUGCUUGCAAAUGGCAAAACCUCAGAAGCGAAGAAUAUUUUAAGAAAAGCUGCAAAAAUUAAUAAAGUGAACAAAGACGAGGUUUUGUUCAUAGUUGAGAAGGUUAAAGCUGAAUACUUCACACGUACAGAAGAUCUUGAUACAACUACUAUGAUACCGACCGGAAAUGACGUAAAGGAAAUCAACAAGAACAACCUACCAAAAUACAACAUCUUAACUUUGUUUAAAAAACGUCGAAUUUCAACGAUAACCGUAAUAAUGAUAAUUGCUUGGACUGUUGACAGCUUGACAUACUAUGGUUUGAUCCUCUCCUCAGCCUCUUUACCUGUUGAUCGAUAUCUGAGUUUCUUUCUGCUGGCGGUCGCUGAGUACCCUGUUGCAAUCUUUGAAUAUACGCUAAUGAAUAGAAUAGGACGGAAGCGGUUCUGUAUCCUAUUCCAUGCUGUUGCAGCUGUUUCACUGUUAGCGGGAACAGCAGCAAACUAUUUAUCAGAUUUUCCCGGUGCUAAUAUCGCAAUCAUGGCAUUCUUUUUCCUCGGCAAGCUCGGAAUAACGGGAUCGUUCAGUUGUUUAUUUCUUUACACCCCGGAAAUGUACCCGACAAACCUGCGGACGAUUGGUAUUGGACUGGCCUCUGCUGCAGGACGAGUAGGAGGUAUGCUUGCGCCGUUUGCUGGUCCCCUGUCUACACAUGUUAGAUGGGCCCCUGGCGCCAUAUUUGGUUGCUUGUGCGUCAUUCUAACGUUGGUUCUUCCCUUUCUGCCGGAGACAAGAGGACACGAACUUCCGACAUUGGUUGAAGAAUUGGAAGAAUGGUAUAAAACUCACAGCGGUACUAACCGGAGACAACAGAGUGUAUAG